AUGCACCGCAAGAAAUAUGUUCAUCUCAAUACACUCGAGCCCAUCAAACCCCUUCUUCGCGCCUAUACCCUGGGCUAUCUCACCGUCACGACGCCCCGGCUCUUUGCCUUCUUGAGAACCCUUCGACGCAGCCAUCUGCAAUCUCGAGAGAUCCUGUCCAUCCUACAGAAGAUCCUCGUCACAUCCACCCAGAUCAAUCGGUUCCCUACUGCAGCUGCUGUCAUUGUGGGCGGAGCAACUGCGCUCCCGCACUUAAUUCAGGCAUGUAUCGACUAUGUCCUGUCAUCACAGCGCAGGGGUACUACGCGUCUCAGCAAUCGUCUUGCCGCAUUGAUCCGCUUCCUGUGCUCCUUUUGGUCGGCAUGGCUGGCAUUUAGUCUGCUCAAUCGGGAUGAAAGCUGGGCUAGAAAGCGUGCGAUAUCUCGGAGCAAUACGACUAUCUCUACCAGUGCUCCGAGCGCAUCGGCUCUACAUCAACCACCCCCGCCGUCCUAUCAGCCUCGCUAUGCAGGCAAAACCAUUGACUUUACGGCAUUUGCCUUCUGCCGCGCGCUGGAUGUUGCAGUGAUAGCUCUUUGGACUCGAACUCGAAAUCGAUCGUGGCAUCCGGAGCAACGCAAUCCACGUCUCGCAAACUUCAUCCGCGAGAUUGUCGAUCCCUCAGUAUUCGCUGGUUCCGCUGCAAUCAUUAUGUGGUCAUGGUUCUAUUCGCCCGAGCGACUCCCUCGCUCGUACAACCACUGGAUCUCGAAAGCGGCCGACAUCGACCCUCGUCUAAUCCAAGCACUCCGCUUAGCUCGACAAGGUAAUUUUGUCUAUGGCGAGGAUACAGGACAAGCACCGCUUCUUACAGGCCUUUGCCAGGAGCUGAACCUACCCGACGAGUUCGCCGACCCUUCAAAGACCAUUCCAAUUCCGUGUGAGCUGUAUCAUUGUGGGACAGGCAAGAGUUGCGAGAUUCAUGCGCUUUCUAGAUUUUGGAGAGGUUGGAAAUUUGCUAUGGGCAUAUACUUGCCUCUUCAAUUACUGACGAUUUUGCGUUCACUGAAGCCCGAGUCCGUCCUGAAAGCUCUUCGAGCUGCAGUGAGGUCCUCGUCCUUCUUGGCUGGCUUUGUGGCAUCAUUCUACUAUGCCGUCUGCUUGGCUCGGACUCGACUUGGUCCAAAAGUCUUUUCGUACAAGACCGUAACGCCCCAGAUGUGGGAUUCGGGGCUAUGUGUCCUGGCAGGCUGUCUUGCAUGUGGAUGGUCUGUUCUUCUGGAGAAACCGAGUCGACGACAGGAAGUCGCCUUCUUUGUGGCCCCGCGAGCGUUGGCGACUGUUCUUCCUCGCGUUUACGACCGACAGUACCGGCGCAGGGAACAAGCCAUUUUUGCCACGAGCAUUGCUAUCGUGUUUACAGCGUUGACCUCGGGCAAUGAGCGGAAUGUCCGAGGAGUGCUUGGAAGAAUUUUGGCUCGCGUCUUGAAAGGCUGA